CAUCACUUCAUAUAGUUCAUCGUCUCUAUGCAUUAAUAUUCCUCUCCUUCUUUUACAUUACAUCACUUUUGUUUUGCCCUACAACAAAGAUCAUUAAUUAUGGAUGGUAGAGGAGGUUGUUGCAUCGUUAGAAAUGGUGCACAUGAUAUGUCUACCAUGGAAAAAAUAAUGCUUAGGUUUCGUCCUAUAGCACCCAAACCUGUAGUUCCCGGAGCCACCACUGCUUCCGAUGGUACUUCUUCAUCGGACAGCGGUGAUGCUUUUUUCAAAACUAGCAGAACUAGAAGAAAGUACGUCAAAAAACUGAAACAAAAUAACACCACUGAUAAACGCAGCAUCCGCCGGAAGAAAACCAUUUCUUCACCAAAACAAACUCAUCCGGUGCCGGUAACUCUUCCUUUACUGCCGGAAACUCCGGCAAAAGAGCAAACCCUAACGGAAGUAAAUAAUACAAAUCAGUGGCUGAGUUUCAAGAGUUGUAGCAAAGUAGAAGCUGAACCAUACAGCACGGUGGAGCCGGUGACGGUGCGGUUAACUGUAGAGUGCGUAACGGACGCAUGGGUAGAGGGUGAGGGACUAGGGAAUACAGAUGAAGAGAGAAGUGCAAAGCUGAUGGUGGACACGUGUCCAGGGUUUAUAUCGGACGGUUACGGGAGAGUGACGUGGACAAACGGUGCUUACAGGGAGAUGAUGGGUGAUGGAGUUAUAGCGUUGGUGAUGAAAAUAAAUGGUGUGGUUUUGUAUCCGUCGUUCACGUGUAGGGUUAGGGUUGUGCAGUUUGCGUGUGGAAGGGAGAGAAAUUUGUUUACGUUACCUUGUGAUGUGUGGAGAAUGGAUUGUGGUGGGUUUGCAUGGAGAUUAGAUGUUAAAGCUGCUCUUAGCUUGAGAUUAGGUUGCUAAAUUAGCUACCUAGUACUUAGCUUAACUCAUAUUAUAAUCUUUUUCCAAAGGUAUCGGUAUCGGUAUCACUCCUUGAUUAGAUCAUGAUAUUGCAGAAUGCUAAUAAUAUCUUUAUCUUUUGAAGGAGGAAAAUGGAAAUUUUAAAUGAGAAAGUGUCUUUUAGUAGUAGUUAGUUGAUUAGAGUUAGAAUCAUAAAUGUAUAGCUCAAAGCUAGCUUGCUUGCUUGACUGUAAAUUAGCGCAUAUGCAUGAAGCUUUGUUGUUGGAGUUUGUCUUUUGUUCCUUUGAGCUUGGAACACCAGUGAGCCAAUGAAUGUACACUUGCUAUGAUUAUCGUCAUGUAAUUUAUGUUUUUUAUUGGCUAGACUCAACUCAUAGCUAUUAGCUAUGGGUGCUUUCUCGAUUGGAA